AUGAAAGACGCCGAAAUGAAGGAGCUAUUCGAAGGCGAGAUCACCGACUUGGACGCCCAGAUCACCGACCUCGCCACGCAGCAACUACCCUCCCUUCUCCUUCCGCCAGAAACGACCGAUAAUCUCCCAAUCAUGAUAUCUAUCAAUGCCGGUAUAGGCGGAGACGAAGCCACGGCGUGUGCGGCCCUCCUCAUCCGUGCAUAUCAGCGGUACGCCGAGAUCAACCGCUGGGAUGUUGAGAUUAUCAGCCAGGCGGAAGGCGCGCAGAGUAAGGGCAUGCAAGGUGUCAAGGAGAUGACGAUGAAGAUGAAAGCGAGGGAUGGGGGUGCGGGCAACGUGUACGAGCGGAUGAGAUGGGAAGGGGGUGUUCAUCGAUUCCAGAGGGUACCGCCUAAUGACGCGAAGGGAAGGGUGCAGUCGUCCACGGUCGCGGUCAUCGUGUUGCCGAUCAUCCCCGAGGGGCAAGAGGCGGAGCUGGUGGAUCCCAAAGAUGUCAAGAUGGAGGUCAUGCGAUCGCGUGGGGCAGGCGGUCAGCACGUCAAUAAGACGGAAUCUGCAGUCCGGCUGACGCAUCUCCCAACGGGGAUCUCGGUGUCUAUGCAAGACUCGCGCAGUCAACAUCAGAAUCGAGCGUGGGCAUGGGAUAUCCUCCGCUCCCGCCUGUUCGAGCGGAAACAGGUUCAAUUACAAGCGGAUCGGCGGAGCAAGCGACAAGAGGUCAUCUCGGGAACAGACCGGUCCGACAAGGUCCGAUCAUACAAUGUGCCCCAGGACCGAGUCACAGAUCAUCGUAUUGGCUUUACUUCAUCCAACAUGGAGGGCGUCUUGGACGGCGAUCUCGACCCGUUGAUAUACGCCUUGAUAGAUGACUACAAGACGCGCAGAUUACAGGAUAUCAUCUCGGGAAUAGACGAUGUAGAUGCAUAG